GGCAUCUGUGUGUAGUUAGCCUGCUAGUCGUGAAGCUAAAAUAAAACACAGCAGGUGUGUGGUAUUGCAAGCACUAGUGUCGCGUCAGCACACUGCUCCUUUGUAGUAGCUGGGCAAUUAAGAUGUUACUGGCUCCAUUUAUCGUGUGCGGCAGUAUGUUUAAUGAACAACAUUCUGGCUAGUGAGCCGUGCAUUUGGCUAAGCUAACUUGUUGUCUACUCUACAAGAAUAACAGUAAGAAAUGGCUUGUCAUACAUGUUGACAAGUAACUGCAACACGAAACGCGUUCAUCAAACGUAGUUUCCCACAGUGGCCGAUUUGGAAAGUGACCGCGCUUUUGUUUCCAGCUUGUCUCCACACGCACUUCUUCUUUAUAAACGGGGAUCCUGUAGGCAGCAAUGAAUAAUUCCCUGGAUAGUGCUAACUCCUAUGAAGAGCUUGUGCGACAGAAAGCUCGGAGCAUCCCCCAGCAUCGUAUGAAGGAGUUUCUGGAGUCGUUGGCCACUAAGGGUCCAGAUGCGCUGCAAGAGUUCAGCCAGCAAAGUGCAGAUGUUGCAACAACUACAGCGACCAUGGUUUAUCAGCAAGAAGCUAAUUGCAUCUAUACAGACAGCACUGAAGUGGCAGGGUCACUUCUGGAACUUGCUUGCCCUGUGCAGGUGCAAAUUCAGCCCCAACAGCACCAGAUUCAACAGUCAACAACUCAACAGCAAACUGUUCUGCAGAAUACGGAACAACAGAUUGUACAGGUGCAGAUUCACGGACAACAGGCAGGUCAGAUGUUGGGCCAAGUCCUCCAAGUGCCCCCUGGUUCCAGUCAGGAGCUUCAAGGUGUGACGACAGCGCAGCUUAUUCAACCAGGAGAUCUCACUGAGGAGCAACACCAACAGCUCCAAGCCCAGUUGGUGGCAGCUGUUGCAGGGGGACAACAGAUCCAGAUUCAAACAGUUGGGGCCCUCUCACCCGUUCAGCAACAGGACAGUGCAGAGAGGAGUGCUCUGGCAACCACUGUUGCCACAUGCCAAGGGACAGGUGUCCUUCAGCCAGCCAAGAAACGCAAGGUGGACAUGCCCAUCACUGUGUCUUAUGCCCUGCCUGGUCAGCAGGUGGCGACGGUCCUAGCAAUACCCCAAGGACAGGGUCAACAGCAGAGUUAUGUCUCCCUGCGGCCAGACCUUUUAACAGUGGACAGCUCCCAUCUGUACAGUGCUACAGGCACUAUUACCAGUCCCACAGGGGAGACCUGGACAAUUCCUGUCUAUUCUGCUCCUUCUGGGACUGGAGGUCGGGAACAGGUCACACACAUUGCCAUCCCCCAGGAAGCCUAUGGAACUGUGCAGCUUGCAGGGACAAAUACGACAACCAUGACCACAAUGCCAACACAAGUCACGGUCGAAAAUGAGAAGUUGAAAAAUUCUUCCAGUCAAAGUCAGACAGCUCAGGCUGUUUCCAGCAUUACGAGUACUGGCGGAAUGGGAGGCCAAGAAGAAGUGGUGCAUACGCUGGCUACAAACACACUCUUCCCUGCACAGCUAAUGAAUGGAAAUAUCCACAUCCCAGUUGCUGUACAGGGCUACUCAAACACUACACAGUCCCUCAUCUGGGACCCACAGCAGCAGGUGUUGCACACACAGGGACUAUCUGUGCAGGAUGCGACUGGACAGCAGCUCCAGACAGUAAUAGAAGUAGAUGGCCAAGUUCCACAGCAAGUGCAGGUUCAGGAGCUUUUGCUUCCAGCCACUCUUAAACCAGAGGAGGGGCUGGAUGUGUGGCGUGCCUGGGCUCAGCGAAAAAAUGCUGAAUUGGACAAAUCUGAUCAACAUAAAUUGGCUCCAAUUGGUCGACGCCAGGCACUGCGCUUCCAGGAGGACUUGGUGUCGUGUGCUGUAGCUGAGCUUUGCAUGGGGCUCUCACUAAUGACCACAGAGGCCCGGGGGCUGGAAGGAGAUCCUUAUGACGCGGAUGUUCUUUACUAUGUAUUUCUGUGCAUGCAAAAAUAUUUGUUUGAUAAUAGUCGUGUGGAUGACAUCUUCUCAGACCAAUACUACACUCGCUUUGCUCAAAGUUUGCACAAGGUUCUCCAACCCUGGGGGCCAACUGUUCAUCCACUCGGUUAUAUUAUUCCCAGUCACGUGACAGAGGAGAUGUUGUGGGAAUGUAAACAACUUGGGGCCCAUUCCCCCUCAACGCUGCUCACAACUCUAAUGUUUUUCAACACAAAAUAUUUUCAUCUGAAGACAGUUAAUCAGCAUCUAAAAAUUGCUUUUUCUAAAGUGUUACGACACACGAGAAAAAGUCCCAACAAUCCCAAAGACAAGAGCACCAGUAUCAGAUAUCUGAAGGCAACAGAACGGUUCAUUGGACAGAAAGUUACAGAUGACAUGUACUCUGAGCAGCUAGAGGACCCGGAAAAUCCUCUGCGAUGUCCCAUCAAGCUGUAUGAUUUCUACCUCUUCAAAUGUCCGCAGAGCGCCAAGGGACGCAAUGACACCUUCUACCUGACUCCGGAGCCCGUAGUGGCUCCAAACAGCCCCAUCUGGUACUCCACUCAGCCAAUCCCCAAAGAGCAGUUGGAGCAGAUGCUGGCCCGAAUUCUUGUUGUCCGUGAAAUCCACGAAGCCAUUCAAAUAUCGGAGAGUGUCCAAUAAUUGGACUGGAGGAGAAAGCCACUUGAACUAGACUUCUCCUUUCUCUUUGUUCAAUCUUUUGAUUGAUAAAUCACCAGUAGUUUUAUAUUCCCUCUCACCCUUCUGUGUGCCUCAGAGGUGGCAUAUAUAAGUUUAUAUUCAUCAUGACUCUAUAUACACUCUCUUGUACAUAACCACAAUCAAUACAGGUCAUUAUGCCUCAUCCACAGAAAUUCCUCACCUUUUUUUUCUUAUUAUUUCUGAUUAGCCAAAGGAUACUUGUACUCUGCCUGUUAUAUUUGAAAUACUUUUAAUAUUGGCUCUUUUUAACCAUUACUCUGGAUCAUUUGUUAAUAUGCUUUCCGAAAACAUAACUCUAAUAUAUUUCAUAUAUUUCUUUUCCUGCCUUUAUCAUUUGUCUUUGUAUCCGUUGUCACAACAGAUACCGCCGUGGUAUUAAGGCUGCGCCAAGUAGCCCAAGUUUUAAAGGCCUACUGAAAUGAAAUGUUCUUAUUUAAACGGGGAUAGCAGAUCCAUUCUAUGUGUCAUACUUGAUCAUUUCGCGAUAUUGUCAUAUUUUUGCUGAAAGGAUUUAGUAGAGAACAUCGACGAUAAAGUUUUGGUUGCUGAUAAAAAAGCCUUGCCUGUACCGGAAGUAGCGUGACGUCACAGGUUGAACAUUUGCACAUUGUUUACACCAGCAGCGAGAGCGAUUCGGACCGAGAAAGCGACGAUUACCCUAUUAAUUUGAGCCAGGAUGAAAGAUUCGUGGACGAGGGACGUGAGAGUGAAGGAUUAGAGUGCAGUGCAGGACCUAUCUUUUUUCGCUCUGACCGUAACUUAGGUACAAGGGAUCAUUGGAUUCCACACUCUCUCCUUUUUCUAUUGUGGAUCACGGAUUUGUAUUGUAAACCACCUCGGAUACUAUAUCCUCUUGAAAAUGAGAGUCGAGAACGCGAAAUGGACAUUCACAGUGACUUUUAUCUCCACAACAAUAUAUCGGCGAAACACUUUAGCUACGGAGCUAACGUGAUAGCAUCGUGCUUAACUGCAUAUAGAAACAGGCGAAAUAAGCCCCUGACUGGAAGGAUAGACAGAAGAUCAAUAAUACUACCAAACUCUGGACCUGUAACCACACGGUUAAUGCUGUACCGCCUGGCGAAGCCUAGCAAUGCUGUUGCUAACGACGCCAUUGAAGCUAACUUAGCUACGGGACCUCGACAGAGCUAUGCUAAAAACAUUAGCUCUCCACCUACGCCAGCUCUCAUCUGCUCAUCACCACCCAUGCUCACCUGCAUUCCAGCGAUCGACGGCGCGACGAAGGACUUCACCCGAUCAUAGAUGCGGUCGGCGGCCCGGAGACGGAGGAAGUCAAGGUGAGGACAGCGGCGCGGCGGCGGGCGUUGUAGCUUUCUACAACACCCCGGCCGCUAUCAGAGUCGGCAAGAAACAUAUUUCCCUAAAGUUACAUACGUGACAUGCACAUAGCGCCACGCACGUACGGGCAAGCGAUCAAAUGUUUGGAAGCCAAAGCUGUACUCACGGUAGCGCGUCUGCUAUCCAACUCAAAGUCCUCCUGGUUGUGUUGCUGUAGCCAGCCGCUAAUACACCGAUCCCACCUACAGCUUUCUUCUUUGCAGUCUCCAUUGUUAAUUGAACACAUUGCAAAAAAAUCACCAACACAGAUGUCCAGAAUACUGUAGAAUUUAGCGAUGAAAACAGAGCUGUUUGUAUUGGGAUACAAUGGUGUCCCAAUACUUCUGCUUCAACCCUUGACGUCACGCGCAAACGUCAUCAUACCUAGACGUUUUCAGCCGGAAGUUUCCCGGGAAAUUUAAAAUUGCACUUCAUAAGUUAACCCGGCCGUAUUGGCAUGUGUUGCAAUGUUAAGAUUUCAUCAUUGAUAUAUAAACUAUCAGACUGCGUGGUCGGUAGUAGUGGGUUUCAGUAGGCCUUUAAAUGGCGUGACAUCUUUUAUUUUGACUUAUGUCUGGAGCCAAGUUAAUAGAAGGACGUGAAAGUUGUGUGAGGCUGCUUGUGGUACAGCAGUAAAUCACACUAACUGGAGACUUUCUUUGGAAUAUUUGUGUCUCUGCCCCUCUCCUGGCCUCCUGAAUGCUCCCUUCUUCCCUCAAAUCACCAAGCCUGAAAUAAUUCUAAGAUUUGAUUUAUUUGUCUUUAUUAAAUGACAUCCGUGAAAUGACUGAUCAAGGCGAUGAGCCCAUACUGUACUAUAAUGUAAAAUACUUAGUUCUGUCUUAUAUUAUUAAUCACUGUCAUCUGAGGAUACUGGCAGUGCCUGUGGGUUUUUUGAAACCCUUUCUUUGUACAGCUGCAAUACCAUGUGUUUGCCUUUCUUGUACGUCCAGUAUGAAUUGUUCACGUGCAUCCAUAAGUACUGGUAGCCUACAUUGUGUGAGAAUAAAUCAAUACACAGUGAUCAUUUUUUAAACAAAUCUUAAUAAAGGUCAAAGUAUAAAACAGGCUACAAAAAUAACCAUUGGGUAACUUGUCAUACAUUGAUGCAGUAUGAGAACCUAAGCUGUGGAUAUGUAUGCAUGAUAGCAGCCGGAUUGUUCCCAUGAGACCUGCAAGUUAGGAACAGGUUCGGCCAGCCUGGCAGGUUGUCACACUUCCUUUGUGGUGUGCAUGUUGCUGCUCCUUUGUUUUCCGGAUUAGCUACUUGUGACAGAAGUGCAGCCUGCGUUUUUUUCCACUUCCAACCACCAAGACUUUCUGAAGGUAGUUUAAGAAGCAUGUGAGCCUAGAUUUAGCAGG